UGCGGUGAAGGGGGGGUGGGAUCUGAACAUGGCGGCGGUGGUAGCUGCUACGGCGCUGAAGGGCCGGGGGGCGAGAAAUGCCCGCGUCCUCAGGGGGAUUCUGUCAGGAGCCGCUGCUAACAAGGCUUCCCAGAACAGGAGCCGGGCACUGCAAAGCCACAGCUCCCCAGAGUGCAAGGAGGAGCCUGAGCCCCUCUCCCCUGAGCUGGAAUACAUCCCCAGAAAGAGGGGCAAGAACCCCAUGAAAGCUGUGGGACUAGCCUGGGCCAUCGGCUUCCCCUGUGGUAUCCUCCUCUUCAUCCUCACCAAGCGGGAAGUGGACAAGGACCGUUUGAAGCAGAUGAAGGCUCGGCAGAACAUGCGGGCAUCCAACACGGGCGAGUAUGAGAGCCAGAGGUUCAGGGCCUCCUCCCAUCAUGCCCCAUCUCCUGAAGCUGGGUCGGGGGUGCAGUCAUGAGGAGCACUGCAACCCUCCCCUAAACUCUGGACUCGUGGCCUCCAGACUCUCCAGUCCUUUCUGGUCCUUGCCUCUGAGGCCCACCAGAGGGCGCAUGAAGCCCAGGCUCCUGCCAACCCCAUUCCUCCUGAAAAACCAGCCAAAGACGAAUAAAGUUACUGUCUGAGUGGAAAGGAA